AGCUUGUCGACGUGUCGUCAUUAUAUAUCCUCCUUCGUGGCGGGACGCGCUGACUUGGCCUCAAAAUGCCUGGCGCUAGUGCGCGCGAGCUUCGGGAGCUUUACCCGUCAUGGCCACUGGAUAUGUGCCGGCGUAAUCAUGACGGGCAUAAAAAAGCCACUGUACGUGGCAACGCUCCCGUGAAAUUCGACGUGGAACUCGCUAGCUACUCUUCAGCUGCUGGCGUGGAUCAGGAUAGGCGUGUUUCUUCUAGCAAAACACUUGUUGAAGAGCGUUCCUCCGGUAUCUUCAGACCAGCGAUCUCCGGCAUCUUCACUUCUGUAUUUGGCUCUCCUUCAAAUCUGUGGGACGAGUCUUUAUCUUCGGGCAACUCUGAUAGCAUCACGUCAUCGUGGCUGUCAUCAACACUAAGACCACCCGGGAACAAGACAGCAAGAAGGCCACCUUCUAUUUUCACUAGUGAGGAACUCAAUGCUAUAUCAGCAUUGCACAGUGAUUGGUUUCCGGUACGUUACGACCGUCAAUUCUACGAUUGCCUCUCGCGUGGCGCGAUAUUAUCCUUCGUCGCUCGAGCACCUGCUUGUCCCAAUUCGACUUCUCCUAAAGCCAUGAUUAGUAGCAAAGAACCCUCGACAAUAUUCUUCCCAGCAUCUCCUGCACAUCGAGCAGAAGACCAGAAGAAUCCAUCGUCGUCCUCUAGAAGUACUUCAAGAAUAGUCGGUCUGUUGACCGUUCGGUACGAUCUGUCAACGAGAACGGACGUUCCCAUUGGGCGAGGGAUGCCCGAGCGGUUUAUUUACAUAGCGACGCUCGGCGUCGACUGCGAUUAUAGGGGAUGUGGGAUCGCAAAAGCCCUGGUGCAGCGGAUGCUUGACGUCUUUGGAAAGACAAGCUCUACUCGAAAAGGAGCAACAUCGCUGGAUGAGGGUGGAUUUUCCUCGAAGGGCAGUGGUUCUCAAACGUCACUAGCGUCGCGAGGGGACCUCGAUAGAGAAGCGCACACGGCUUAUCAGCUGAUGGCCAGACAUGGAAUUAGCGCAGGACCGACGCGACCAUUAGAAGGAGCGAAUCUAUGUAGAAGCAGGGAACAGCAGAAAAUACAUGCUCGAAGGACUCCUGUGGUGGAGAUCGGCGCUGAUGGUAGGAGAACGCGACCAAGUCAUGCGCCUGGUCAGUUGCCGCUUCAUCCAGUGACCUCGUCCGCAAAUGGCAAGAAAAUGGCUGCGAAUACAAGAACUAGUUGUAGUCCUGGUCGCACUACUAGUGGUAGUGACGGAGAUGAACACGACAUGUGUUCAACGCCUUUUGGUGGUGUGUACUUGCAUGUGAUAAGUUUCAAUGUGCAGGCUCAGCGACUUUACGAGAGCCUGGGAUUCGUAUAUUACAAGACCAUGACAAACUUCUACUGUCUGAACGACACUUGGUACGACGCUUACGCGUACAUCUACCUUUUUGAUUCAGGAGCACGCAAGGGCAUUCAGUCUUGGCCUGUGGUGAAGAGAUUCGACUAAUUUAUUGCCUUCAACAAACAACAAUUACUUCUGUUUCUGCCAUUUUCUUGGUGCGCGCAACUAAGAGCUCCAUUGAAUACGCAAGAAGAAAAACAGGGAAAGUGGCUGUCGUAGCCAUUAGCAUUAAUAUCGACAAAGAGGUG